AGGAGGCCGGCGGCCGCCUUGAAGUCUUGAAGUUCACAGCAGCAGCAGCAGCAGCAGCAGCAGCAGUGAGUAGUAGAAGGAGCGCCUUCCAGCAGCGCAGCCCUCACUCAAUCCAGGUCUGCCCGACAGCCUAGCUCUGCGUGGCCACUAAAUCAGUCCUGACCCCAGGAUGGGGACAGUGUCCAAAGCAGCCUUGGUCUUGGCCUUUUGGGCCAUGGUUCUUGGCUGCUGCUCCUCUGAGCGAGAUCUCAAAGCUUCAGGGCCAAGAGAGCUGAAACCAGAGAACCUCUUCCAGAACUUUGAAGAAGUUGGCUAUGCAGCACCCCCAUCCCCGCCCAGACCCCGCCAUCUCCCUGCAGAUCACUCUGACCCUUCUCUGUAUGAUGCUGACUUUGAGGAGCAGAGGGAAGUGCGGCCCCCUCCCUCUCCAGAAGCCAGCCCUGUCCAGGAGGAAGAGUGGCCCAUCCCCCAACACCCCAUUGAAAAGCAAGUGCACCCCCCUCACCGUCAGGAAGCCUACCCCCUCCAGGAGGAGCUGCCCCCACCCGAACUGGGACAACAACCUAGUGAACAGAAAGAAAUAGACCCACCUCUGUCACAUCAGGAGGAGAUCAUCCAAUCCAAGCAGAAAGAGGAAAAAUCAGCCCCCUUCGUGGGACAGGGCCCUCCAGAACCUCGUUCUUGGAAUCCAGCCCAGCACUGCCCACAGAGCCGCCGUUUCCGAGGGGGCUGGGGCCACUGGCUGGAUGGCUUCCCCCCUGGCCGACCUUCUCCAGACAAUGUGAACCGGAUCUGCCUUCCUGAACGCCAGCACGUGGUCUACGGCCCCUGGAACCUGCCGCAGACUGGCUUCUCCCACCUCAGUCGCCAGGGAGAGGCCCUCAACUUGCUGGAGACUGGCUAUUCCCGCUGUUGCCGCUGUCGCAGCCACACAAACCGCCUGGACUGUGCAAAACUUGUGUGGGAGGACACAAUGACCCGGUUCUGUGAGGCUGAGUUCUCUGUCAAGACCCGGCCCCACUGGUGCUGCAAACAGCGGGGGGAGGCACGCUUCUCCUGCUUCCAGAAGGAAGCGCUUCAGCCAGAUUACCAGUCCCCCGCCUGUGCCGGCCACCAGCCUGCCCUUUCCUCGGGCCCCGAGCUGCCUUUUCCCCCUGCGUUGCCCACACCGGACAACGUCAAGAACAUCUGUCACCUGAGACGCCUCCGCUCGGUGCCACGCAACCUCCCAGCAACUGACGUGGUCCAAAAGCAGCUGUCCGCCCUGGUGCGGCUGGAGGCCGAGUUCCAGGCCUGCUGCCGGCAGGGGCACAACCUCACCUGCACACGGAAGGCCUGGGAGGACACCCUGGACGGCUACUGUGAGAAAGAGCAGGCCAUAAAGACCCACCAGCACUCCUGUUGCCACUACCCUCCGAGCCCCGCACGAGACGAGUGCUUCGCCCGCCGGGCUCCCUUCCCCAACUACGACCGGGACGUCUUGACCCUCGACCUCAGCCGAGUUACCCCCAACCUCAUGGGCCAACUCUGUGGAAAUGGAAGAGUUCUCAGCAAGCAUAAACAGAUACCUGGACUGAUCCAGAACAUGACCUCCCGCUGCUGUGAGCUGCCCUUUCCAGAACAAGCCUGCUGUGCUGAGGAGGAGAAACUAGCCUUCGUUGAUGAUCUGUGUGGUCCCCGACGGAACUUCUGGAAAGACCCUUCCAUGUGCUGUGACCUGAACCCUGGAGAUGAACAAGCCAACUGCUUCAACAUCAACUAUCUGAGGAGUGUGGCUUUAGUAGCUGGAGACCCUGGGGAUGCCAAGGGGCCACCUGAGCAGGGGCCAACUCGGGGAGCAAAUGUCAGCCCCACUUCUGAGGCCAAAAAUGAAGAGUGAGUCACCCAGAGCCUCGGGGGAUUAGAUGGAGAGAACCGCACCCGGCUCCACCCUCCUUGAACACUCAUUACAGCAAACGCCUCUUGGAUUUGGUGUCCUCAUUGUCUGCAGCCCACAAGCACACCCUCCUGAGCUGCCUUGGAUUCCUGCACUUCCCGGCCCUGCCCCAACUGACUGAGCAGAAGACCUUCCAAAGGCCAUGGCAGGACCAUAGCUGAAUGGUUUGACGUCACCGCUGGACACAGUGAGCACAGUCAGGUUUUGAAAGGAGCGCCAGGGCUGGGUAGGUGACAUCGUGGUUUAAAGAGCUUGCCUGUGCAACCUGAGAACCCAGGUUUGGCUCCCCAGAGCCCACGUUAAGCCAGAUGCACAAGGGGGCACACGCAUCUGGAGUUCGUUUGCAGUGACUGGAGGCCCUCGUGCGCCCAUUCUGUCUCUGUGUGUGUGUGGUAAAUAAAUAAGAAUAAAAAAUGAAAUCCAAAUCUGUGGGAACCCUCCCUGGCGCCUGUGGGUACCUGUUGGCUAUGGGGUCCUCUUCUUUCUAAUAAGGUCCUGCACAAUCUCU